CGUAAGAAAGAAGAGCAGCCGCAACUUCCCCUCUCGACACCAGAUAAGAAGGAGAGUGAUAGAGCUGUGUUUGCGUUUCAAUGAGUACCGGCGACAUGGACACCACGCAGCUGUGCAAGCUCUUUAUCGGAGGGCUUAACGUGCAGACCACGGAGGAGGGCCUACGCCAGUAUUUUGAGACGUACGGGCAAUUGACUGACUGCGUGGUGGUGAUCAACCCACAGACCAAGCGUUCCCGAUGUUUCGGUUUCGUAACCUACUCGAGCGCCGCGGAGGCUGACGCAGCUGUGGAGGCCGCGCCGCACGUGGUUGACGGCAACAACGUUGAGCUAAAACGUGCCGUGUCCAGGGAGGAUUCGGCCAAGCCGGGGGCGCACGCUAAAGUGAAAAAGCUCUUUGUUGGCGGCCUGAAAGAAGAAGUUGGCGAGAGCGACUUGCUCGAGCAUUUCUCCCAGUUCGGAGCGGUGGAGAGAGUAGAGAUCAUCGCUGAUAAACUGUCCGGCAAGAAACGCGGAUUCGGCUUCGUGUACUUCGCCAGUCACGAUUCUGCCGACAAGGCCGCGGUGGUCAAGUUCCACUCGGUCAAUGGGCACCGCGUGGAGGUAAAGAAGGCCGUGCCCAAGGAAGAACUUGGUAACAACAGAUCCUUCCGCGGUGGCAGAGGCGGGAGAGGCCGAGGAGGCGGCGGCCCACCCCGAGAUUAUAAUGGAAUAUCCGCCAGUGGCGGCAAACCUGGCUUCGGCGGAGGUUACGGCGAUGGUUAUGGGGGCGGUAACCAGGGUUACAGCUCGUACGGAGGCGGCUACGGGGAGCCCAGCGAUUACGGCAAUGGCUACAGCAGUUUCGGGAGCUACAGCCAACACCAGUCUUCUUAUGGGCCGAUGAAGGCAGCUGGAAGCGGCGGCUGGAACCGUCCAAACCCCGCAGGCCCCUACCGCGGGGGAUAUGGCGGCGGAGGAGGAGGUUAUGGCGUCGGCAGCUCCUAUGGCGGCGGCGGCUCCUUCUGACAGGUUAAUAACUGCGCGCACACGUGGAAAUAAUCCUCUCACACACACAACACCGAUAGACUCGAACUUCUUUCAUAUUUUCUUCGUGUGUGUCUGAGUUGGGCUCUGGUUGUUUUUAUACUAUUGUAACCCGACAUCUAGAGCGGGAAACGGACAAUGGCCUCGUUGUGGAACCCGAAUUCUCCCCACACGCCCGCCCUGAUGUUUGUUUGUGGCGGCUGCGAUGAAACUGGACCUCCUUGUACCUUUUUUGUUUUUACUUUUUAAAUAAAUCCCUGUAUUACCCAUUUGUGUCCCCCCCCCAGCAUCUUCACUUUUUAUUUUGUCUCCUAUUCUUCAAGCAAUUAAAAUGUUACCUGCCAAGUG